CGGCUCGCCCUUCCCCUAUUAGGCAAGUCCGUCGUCUAAGGUGGGAUGGGUAUGAUUUAUCUAUAACCUGCUAAUAAAUCAGUAGGAAUACUACCAGCUGCUUGGUAGCUUGAGCCUUCUAAUUGACAUGAAAUUAAACAAUGGAGAAGCAUCAAGGGAGUACUCGCCAUGAGCGAAGAAAAUCCAGUACUAGAAACAGAAAUUUGCUGUUCUCCUCGCUGGCUUUCUGUCUGAUAAUAUUCUAUUUUAGCCCCUCAUUUUUAUCGCGAGCCAGGCAUUGUUUCCACCCCUCAUCUGGUGACCGACCGGAUACGAGCAGUGUAGAGAAAUGGUGCCCCCUGCCGGACACCACUGCCCCCGCAGACGAUGGCCUGAAAGACAGGGAACAUUUUAUAAACUCUCAACAACUACAAUUGCAGGUGAAACGUUUAUCUGAAGCCGUACAAGUCCCAACUGAGAGCUUCGACGAUAAUGGUGAGGUUGAUGAGGAUUCUCGUUGGGAAACUUUCCAAGAAUUCCAUCAGGUAUUAGAGAAAUUGUUUCCACUUACACAUUCAAAAUUAGACCUUCGUAAGGUCAAUCGUCAUGGCCUAUUAUAUACUUUCAAGGGUACAGAUGCAACCCUGAAACCGAUUCUUUUCACGGCGCAUCAAGACGUCGUUCCUGCGGGCCCCUCGUCUCGUUGGAAGUAUCCGCCCUUCGAGGGGCAUUUUGACGGGUCCUUCGUAUGGGGUCGGGGUGCGGCCGAUUGCAAAAACGUACUCAUUGGGCUGCUUUCAGCUAUCGAAGACCUGCUAUUACAAUCAUUCGCACCUCGUCGCACGAUUGUGCUCGCUUUCGGAUUCGACGAAGAGACAGGAGGUCUCAGGGGCGCAGCUGCGUUGAACCAAUCGCUAGUUGAGGAAUGGGGCACGGAUUCAUUCUUGUUCGUUUUGGAUGAAGGAGGUAUGGGUAUACAGAGCCAAGGAGAUGUCCUCUAUGCCUACCCAGGCGUAGGUGAGAAGGGCUAUUAUGACGUCGAGUUGACGCUCGAGGUAAAGGGUGGUCAUAGUUCGAGACCCCCGAAGCAUACUGGUAUUGGCAUCAUGGCGGACGCAAUUGUGGCGCUGGAGAAGGAGCCGUAUUCUCCGCGGCUAACGCAGGCGAGUCCCUUUCGAAGAGUAUUGGAGUGUAGGACAAGAUACUCGCCCGAUGCUGUCCAACCAUGGUUACGCGACGCUCUUCUCAGCGGAAGUGAGGAAGAAGUUGCCAAGAAGCUUGCGGAGGAAGAGACGGAGGAGCAGUGGCUGGUGCAGACCAGCCAGGCCGUUGACGUUAUCACCGGAGGCGUUAAGGUUAAUGCACUGCCCGAGGACGUCAGGCUCGAAAUAAACCAUCGCGUGGCGUUGCACGAGUCAAUCCAGUCCAUCAACGAACAUAUCCAAGAAGUAUUAUCCCCUGUGGCGCAGAAAUACGGCCUUCAGUUUGAGGGUUUCAAUACCUCAAAAAUGGAAAGACUCGAUUUCGGCAUUGCAUCGUCUGGGAUCUUGAGGAUUCAAUCAUUACAGGUAAUCGACCCGGCCCCCAUUUCACCAACUAAUAACGGUGUAUGGAGUGUAUUCAGCGGUACUCUGCGACACGUCUUUGAGAGUACGGAGAGCGGAAAGGGUAAGACGGUUGUACCCGUUGGAAAUAUUAUGACGGGUAACACGGAUACGGUACAUUAUUGGAACUUGACAAGGAAUAUAUAUAGAUUCACACCUUCAAGGAAUGGGACGAGGAUGAACCAACAUGGUAUCGAUGAGCGGAUGGGUCUAGAUGCUCAUUUGGAAGGGAUAAGGCUAUAUUAUGACUUAAUCCGUAAUUUCGACAGCUGGAAUGAGGCAUAAGCUGGGAAGCGUUUGUCGAUAUCGCGCUCUUCUGCUAGGGACUUAGGCACCUGAGUAUAAGCAAUGUAGGGCAUAUGAGCACUGUAUCUGAGUGAGCUUUAAUGAAUAACUCCCUAUAAUUAUAGCGUAUUAAUGUGUGGCGUUAUUGCAUUCUGUGAGGAAAGGGUCGGACGCGCUAUAUUUCCAUUCAGCUCAGUAUCUGGAGGGCGAGUGUAGGCAGAUAUGCACUGUAAGUUCAGCAUCGUUACCGCGUAGCCUACUAGGUGCUUGGGGUAAAUACGCUAAGGGCCCCCGAUGACAAUGAGAGAGGGCGUAGCUCAAAGAAAUUACCUAUUUAGAUAUUUAGG